GACAACGUUAGGGUGGGGUGCUGCUUCUGAACUUAUUACCCUAAGUCCCGGUACCUGUAGCAGGCGUCGUUUCCGGCCCAUCCCACGGCAAGGAUCUCUCAGGCUGUUGAGAGGCUGCGGAACAGGUGCAGCGGGAGCUGGGUGCAGCCCGUGCCUUUGCUUCCGGUUCCGGUCUUGGCUUGGGGAGGAGGGGGAGAUGCUGCAGGCACCGGGGCGGCGGACUGGGUUCCUGCGGCUCGCGACUGCAGUGCGCGCCAUGGCUGCAGGGCCCACAGUCUUGCUUCCUGAGCUCCGGGCGCUCCUAGCUUCGGGCCGGGCCCGGCUCUUCGAUGUGCGAUCUCGAGAGGAGGCGGCGGCGGGGACCAUCCCCGGGGCUCUCAACAUUCCGGUGUCCGAGUUGGAAAGUGCCCUGCAGAUGGAGCCGGCUGCGUUCCAGGCUUUGUACUCCGCCAAGAAGCCAAAGCUGGAGGAUGAGAAUCUUGUCUUCUUCUGUCAGAUGGGCAAGCGGGGCUUACAGGCCACACAGCUGGCCCAGAGCCUUGGCUACACAGGGUACAGGCAGUGCUGGCUGGGACGACUGGGGCCUGCACCAAGCCCGGCUUCCCUCACCCCUCUUUUCCUUCACAGGGCUCAAAACUAUGCUGGGGCCUAUCAGGAAUGGUCGGAGAAGGUGGGGUAGGCAGCAGGUGGCUCACUGAUGGCCCCUCCCUCCCAGGGCCACCUUCACAGAGGACAAUGAAAUGGCUGAUUGCUGGCUUGCCCAGCGGGAAACUCCUUGUAGUGCUUUGCACAUGAAUGUCAAAUAAAGGACACUUAGUCAAAGUA